AGAUGAGUUGCACGGGGUCGAUGGUUCAUUUGUACGUUGUCGUCGUAUUGCCUCCCUGUUAUUUCCUUCUUGUUUCUUUCUUGUCCAGUUACUAGUGUGCUUCACCUUCAUUUUCCUUGUUCUGGAAGGCUCCGGAAACAGUACCGCAGAAUAAGAGACCCAUCGCCGAGAGACGAUCGUAAAUAGAAAGACGAGAGAGAGAGAGAGGUAGGCAAAUGUCUCCCACCGUGGUCGCAGCGGCAUCGGUGGCGUCGGCGGUCAAACAGGCAGAGCAGCUAAAGCAGGAUGGCAAUGUUUACUUCAAGAAAGAGCGUUUCGCAGCCGCUAUCGAUGCCUAUACUGAGGCAAUCACUCUCUGCCCAAAUGUACCGGUAUAUUGGACAAAUCGAGCUCUUUGUCAUCGGAAGCGAAACGACUGGGUGAAGGUGGAAUGGGAUUGUCAGAAGGCCAUUGAGCUUGAUACCAAUUCUGUUAAGGCACACUAUAUGUUGGGACUUGCAUUACUACAAAGGAAAGAAUAUGCUGGAGGAGUGAGGGAACUUGAGAAGGCCUUGGAUCUUGGGAGGGGUGCAAACCCUAAGAGUUACAUGGUAGAGGAAAUCUGGCAGGAGCUUGCCAAGGCGAAAUAUUUGGAGUGGGAGUAUAAAUCUACGGAACGAACAUGGAAGCUGCAAAGCUUGAAGGAAGCUUGUGAAAAUGCUCUAAAUGUGCAAUAUCAACUUGAUUCUUCAAAAGGGGAAUACAUAAUGGGUGAAGGCGAAGCUAAGAAUACACAUAUGGAACAGUUGAAGUCUUUGAAGGAAGUGUUUAGGAAAGCUGCAGAGGCCGACACACCAACUGAGGUGCCGGACUACUUAUGUUGUAAAAUCACUCUUGAUAUCUUCCGUGAUCCCGUCAUCACUCCAAGUGGAGUAACAUAUGAGAGGGCUGUGAUCCUUGAUCAUCUUCAGAAGGUUGGCAAGUUUGAUCCAGUCACGCGGGAACCACUUGAGCUACACCAGCUGGUUCCAAAUUUGGCCAUCAAGGAAGCAGUGCAAGCUUUUCUGAAGUACCACAGUUGGGCUUACAGGAUGGAUUGAUGGUGGGUUUGAUCACGGACGGGCUCAGGAACACAUUUUCGUGCUCAACAAGCUACAGCCUGGGUUCCAGAGCCAAAUGACUUUCAUUGCACAAUUUUGGUGUUUGAAGUGAUUAAUCAUCAGGUGUUUGCUGUUCUUAAGGUUCCAUAUUUCUGUUGUAUCAUUCCUUUAGUCUGAUCACAUGAUAGUGCCUACAUUUAUAUUGUACAGUCGGUGAUUCAGUAUUAGUUCAUAGUUAAUGUUUUGUA